CCGAGCGCAAAACACGUGAUGAAGAGCGACGCGCUGCUAAGCGUAAAAUGACCGCCACAGGACGCAAGAAGCUCGAUGAGCUAUAUCAUCCGGUUACCGAUCGUUCAGAGUUCUAUACAAUGCAGGAUUUGCAAAAGCCACCGGUACUAUUCUCGCCCGCCGAUGACAUGGAAAAGAGCUUUUAUGGCCAUGAGACUGAUUCACUGACCGGCGCACCAGAUCUCAAAGGCACAUCACCAUUCUUGUUGCAUGGCCAAAAAGUGGCGGCGCCAACACUCAAAUUCCACAAUCAUUUUCCGCCCGACGUGCAGACCGACAAGAAGGACCACCUGCUAGAUCAAGGUCUAGUACCCAGUGCCAUGGGCGAUUUUGUGCCACCAAUGAAGCGCGGACGCAUUACACCGCCCACCAGCGAACGCGUUAUGCUGUUCGUGCGACAGGAGAACGAGGAAAUCUACACGCCGCUGCAUGUGGUGCCGCCCACCACUAUCGGCCUCUUGAAUGCGGAUUACUGCGAAAAUUGAUGAUGACAUGAUUUCGUAUUAUUGCAAUGAAGAUAUAUUUCUGCUGGAAGUGCAACAGAUCGAAGAUGAUUUAUAUGACAUAACAUUAACGGAGUUACCC